AUGGGAAGCGCAUCAAGCAGUCAUAUUAUCGAUAUGCCUGUAGACUCAGGAUUAGCCUACACUUACAAGAUUGGAAAGCAAAUCAGUACCGGCAAUUUUGGAAUUGUGCGACAAGCCUCAUUAUUAAACGAUCCGUCCCAGUCUUUUGCCAUAAAAACUCUUCAAAAAUCCAAGAUAAGAGCCCAUCCAAACUAUUUAUUCCAAGAAAUCGACAUCAUCAAGAAGCUGGAUCACCCAAAUAUAGUGAAGCUUUAUGAUGUUAUAGAAGAGCCAAGCUGUUACCAUUUAGUAAUGGAAUAUUGUUCAGGUGGCGAACUUUAUGACAAAAUUUCUGCUCAAGGAAAUCUCGAUGAAUUAGAGACCAAGCGCCUAAUAAGGCAGAUCCUUCUAGCAGUAAAUCACUUGCAUUUCAACGGAAUAAUUCACAGAGACCUAAAACCAGAAAAUUUUUUAUAUGAAGCGGAUCAACUCAAGCUUAUUGAUUUUGGGCUGUCUACUUUUUAUACAAGUGGGACGAUGAAAGCUAUGGUCGGAUCGCCAAACUAUGUCUCACCAGAAGUUUUGAAAAGCAAAUACGAUCUCAAAUGUGAUAUCUGGGCAAUUGGUGUGAUUACUUAUGUUAUGCUUUCGGGGAAUUUUCCUUUUUAUGGAAGGAAUAAUAAAGAAAUUUUUUCUAAAAUAAUCACAGGGGACUAUCGAUUUGCCGAAUCUCCUUGGCAUAAUGUAUAGUGUAUAGAGAAAGGUUAUGCUGAAGAUAAGGAAAAAAUGCUGUUUUAUUUGGAAAUAUGGUGAUUUUUAGGAAAAUAAAUAAUUUAAGGCUUCUUAAUUGGAUUAAGUUCUUGCGCCAAAAAUUUCAUUAGACAACUUUUAGUUGUCAAGCCUAAAAAACGUUUAUCUGCAUUUCAGGCACUUAACCACCCAUGGCUUCAACAAGUGCCUAAAUAUGUAAUAAAUUCAAAAUUCUUGUUAUAGCCGAGCACCUUUAUGGCUCGGGCUCCCAAUUUUUUCCCUACUGGAAAGAAAGGAGUUGGUUUCACCAAUUUAAUGCUUUCUGGCCAACUCCCAAAGUGAAAAAGCCACUUGCUGCAUUGCUUCUGCCAUUUGAGGAGUUGGUCAAACCACCAUUACUUUGUGAAACCACUCCCUCUUUCCCAGAGAUAUUGUAAAUCCCAAGCCAUAACGGCACUCAAACUAUAUCUCUGAAAGAGUAUAACUCAGCAUGCACCUUUAAAAAAGAAAUAUUAAGUUUGCUUGCCCGAUAUUUGAAAUCUGAUGAGAUUUCAGAUCUGAAUCAAAUUUUCUUCCAAAUAAAUGCAUCUUGCACUGGGCUCAUUACAUUUGAAGAAUUAUCGAGCUCUCUGGAAAAAGUGGAUUCAAGACUAUUAGAUGUAAAACGGAUCGAUAUUGUGAAAAAGCUCAAAUUUAAAGAAGGAAAAUUGAAAUAUUCAGAUUUCUUAGCGUCAGUAAUUUGCUCCAAAACUAUUCUUACAGAUAAAAGGCUUAAGCAAAUUUUCAAAAUUCUUGACACAGAAAAAAAUGGAUUUCUAACUGCAGAAAGCUUGAUAAAAAGUUUUUCGAGAUUUGGGAAAUCAAAAAAUAAAAGUGAUGUAGAAAAACUUAUUGAGGAUGCUCACCCUUGGAUUGCGGGGCAGGUCAAUUUUAAAGAGUUCAAAGCGUGCAUUAUGCCUCUUUUUCGAAGUAAAUCAAGCUGGAGUUGUCAAUUUUAA